CCCACACUCGGGUGACAACCAUAACAAGCAAUGGCAGACACGACAGACGAGGACAAGCAUCGCCCAGACGAGUCAGCAGAGGCGGCCAAGGACACCGACGCCCCAGCUCCCGACGCGUCGUCGUCGCAUGACGCGUCUGCCGCUGACGAGCCAUUGACAUCCAAGCCUGCCGACGACGAGACGAAGCACGACCAGCCCGCCGAGGCUGCCGAGGAGCCAAAGCCCAAGCCAAAGCCCGCACCCGCCUCGCCCAACAAGAUCAAGCGACGACCAGUGCCGUCCGCGCUCGAGCUCGAAGGCACGUCGUACGCUGACGGCCCGAAUAUCGAGGUCUCGUCAGCAGCGACGCUCGCAACGCUCGAACGUGCGGCCGAGAUCGAAAAGGACCAUGCGCCCGACUCGCCGACGACGUCGCUCAUCGCCGCUCUGCGGUCCCAGCUCGAGCUCGUGUCCGAGCAGGCGGGCCAGCUCAACUCGAAGCUCGUCGCCAGCAUCUCGCGCCACGCCGACCUCGAGGACCAGGUGUACAUGCUCGAAGGGGAGCGGCGGGAGCAGGACGAGCGCGUGGUCGAGCUCGAGCGCGACAAGGCGCGCUGGGAGGAGAGCAUGAACACUGGCCUGCUGGUCGAGCGCGCGCAGAUCCGCGACGAGAUGCAGCGCCUCGCUGCUGGCCUCGUUGAGGAGGAGCGGAGACGAGGGAGCGCCGAGGAGCGCCGAGCACAGGUCGAGAACGAGGUCGACGACCUCGCCGCGACGCUGUUCGACCAGGCCAACACCAUGGUCGCGACGGAGCGCAUGAGCCGUGCCCAGGCCGAAGAGCGGCUCAAGGAGUCCGAGGACAACCUCGCUGCUGCCGAGGCGGCCGUCCGCGACAUGCAGCUACACCUCCAGUCGCUGUCAACGCCCGCCGAGUCGUCGGCAGGCGGCACCGCGGCCGCCGCCGCGGCAGCGCGCCAUAUCCUCGCUAGUCACCCGCCCUACGCCGAGUUCAUGUCGUUUGUCCAGCACAUUCGCGCCGCCCGGCCCCGCAAGGGCAAGUCGCGCGACCUCUACCCCGCGCCCUUGGCGACCAACCUCCUCACGCACCCGUUCCUUGUGCGUGCCAUAGUCGAAGACCACGACCCGACACUGCGCCUCGAUGCGGCUCCCGAGCUCAGCUUCCUCUCGCGCCCGCGCGUCAACACGGCCAUCAUCUCGGGCGAGCUCCUCAUCGAGCCCGUCAACGCCGCCGCCCUCGGCCCACCAGAGAACGUCAAGUGCGCAAUGUGCGGCACCUUGGUGUUCGGCGCGGCCGCGCACGGCCAGGGCGCAAGACUCGCAUCGAGCCGCUUCUCGCUCAAGCCCUUCUUCUCGAGCCCAGGUACCCCCGUCAGCUCUACACUUGCCGCCUCGACGAGCGUGUAUGUCUUCCGCGUCCCCACCGGUGCGGAGAAGGACGCAAGGGCCUACCCCCUGUGCAAGAAUGGGUGGUGCCUUGAGCGCCUGCGCGCGGCGUGUGCGCUGUGGCACUUUGUGCGCACCGGUAUUGUCCAGUCACUCUGGUUCUCCGAGGACGUGACGCACAGCAGGAACCCGAGCGCGGCGAACGCUGCGGAGAUUGUCGCCACGGCGGCGGCGGCGGCGGCACCAGUGACGCCCGCAGCGCCGACUGACGGAGCCGACGACGGAACGCCUAGACCUGUCGACCUGAGCCGCACCCCGCCCGACGCCGACAAGCUCUCGUUGUCGCCUGCACCCCCGCCUCUGCCUGAGCGCCCGGCGGCAGCCCAGCGCAAGUCGGGCUGGGGUCUCGGCGGCUUCAAGUGGUCGCGCAACACGCCCCCAACGACUCCCGGUCCCGACACGCCAAAGGAGAGCACCUUUGCGGCCUUGGUUGCUACAGGCCCAGACGCCAAGGCGGCCGAAGCGCUCGGCGCGCCGAUCAGCCUCGGCGAGGAGGAGAAGAAGGAUGAGGUGAGGGUGGUGAAGGAGGAGGAGGAGGAGGCGGUAGAGGAGGAGGAGCCAAAGGAGAAGGAGGAGGCUGAUGAGAAGGAGAAGUCCGAGGAGAAGGAGAAGACUGAGGAAGUUGCCGAGGCCAAGGAGGCCGAGAAGACUGAGGAGAAGGCCGAGACGGCUGAGAAGGCCCACGACGAGAAGGCAGAUGAGACUGGUGACGACAAGCCCGCCUCACCUGCCGAUGAACACCUCAAGGCCGACCACACCGACGACACGGAGCUCUCCCGCUCUGGCUCGCGCACUGGCUCCGAGGCUGAGACGGCGUCGUUCGCCACGCCUCACAAUGAGCCGGCCGACCUGCCCGAAGUCGAGGGGGGCGAGACUAAUGACGAGACUGCGGCCAAGGAUGAGGCUAAGUCUGAGGAGAAGGCCGAGGAGAAGGCCGUUGAGGACAAGCCCGCCAGUGCGACUACCGACUCGCCCAGCCCAUCGUCCUCGCCGCCCAAAUCUGACUCGCCCCCGCCGCCUCCACGGUCCAAGGCGCGUGGUGCCGCGCCACCACCGCUGCCCAAGCGUGCCCCCGCGCGCAAGGUUACCUCGGAGGCAGUUGUGUCGCCGCCUGACACGCCAACCGAGGCGACCCACGCCGAAGCCGGCGCCAAGGCCGAUGACUCCGUCGAGGAGCCCGCUACACCGACCACCGCGACCGCCACCGAGGCCCCGACCACUGGCAACUCUGCCGCCACGCUCGUCGAGCCCACCCCCGUCCCGGCACCUGCCGUUGAACACGCCCGCUCGGCCUCUGCAUCUGGCGCCCGUGUCCCGCCUCCGCUCCCCCCCAGACACCCUCGCACGCCGAACGCGCCGGUCGAGGGCCGCACCUCGAGCGAGGAGAUGCCCCCGCCCCCGCUGCCUGUGCCGCGUACCGAGAAGUCGUUCCUCACGGGCGAUGCGUGGGAGGCGCGCACGUGGCGCCAGGUCGUCAAGCUCAAGGAGGACAUGUGGCGCGCGCGCGUGGGCGUCGUGGAUGAUGGCGAGUAG